GUCGUGAGAAAUUUGUCUCUACCACCUGUUACGGAAACGCCCUUCACAGGAAGUAUUGCACAGGCACAUGCUUCAAGAAACUUUAGCAGCAGUGUUAGACUUGAAAGAUGCACUGGCGACAGCACGUCUAUUUCCUCACCUUCGUGGUGAUUGUUGCUUCAACCAUCCCAGCCUGUUUGGCUUUUAACAUCAAAAUGACAGAGCCUAAGAAACACGAGGGCGAACCAGGUGAUUUCUAUGGAUACAAGGUGCUACAGUACAAGUCUGGUGAUGGUAACAAAAGGAUAGUCGUCACUGCACCUCUCAGGCUAAAUGGAUCUGGAGGAAUUUACCAACCUGACCAAAACAAGUGGUUCAACCCUACUGUUGCAGAGGACCUGCAGUCAAACACAACAGCAGUCAAACAUCUUGGCUUGUCGAUCGCUGCUGAUUCCUCCGGCUCCAGAUUCACUGUUUGCAGUCCAGGUUUGGUGCAUGAAUGCAAUGAGAACUCCUAUCUGAACAGUAUUUGUUAUGAGCUCUCUGAUCAUCUCCAGAAAAUCUCCUCUUUCAAACCCGCAUAUCAAAAAUGCACCAAAAAGACAGUGGACCUCGUCUUUCUGUUCGAUGGAUCAGCAAGUAUGACUGAAGCAGAAUUCAACAAGAAUAAAGAUUUUAUUGUGGAGAUAAUGAACAGCCUGAAGAACACAUCGAUCAAGUUCGCAGCAGUUCAGUUCUCUUCAACAGUCCACAAAGUGUUUGACUUCAACGACUAUGAAGCCAAACGUGCUAUCGAUAUACUUAUGAGAGAAAAGCAUUUAAAAAGUCUCACCAACACACACAGAGCCCUCGAAUUUAUUUUUGAUCAAAUCUUUGACAACAAUGCUACAGGCGCCUCUCCUGAUGCAACUAAAGUUCUGAUUCUAAUCACAGACGGAGAUCCCUCUGACACAGACAAAAAAGGGAUAAUUAAAAAAUAUGAUGAGAAAAAUAUAAUUCGUCUUGUUAUUGGGAUCAAGGAUGCAAAGCUGGAUAAAUUCAGGGCCAUCGCUUCAGAACCAAAAGACAAAAAUGCCUUCAAAAUAGAGAAUUAUGAUGGACUCACAGGAGUACUGGAGAAUUUUCAGAAAAGGAUCUUUGUUGUGGAAGGUUCCAAAGUGGCUCGAGCAGGAAACCUGACUGAUGAAAUGUCUCAGAGUGGAUUCAGCGCUGUUUUCAACAAGGAUACACUGAUUCUGGGUUCAGUGGGAACAAACAGCUGGCGUGGUUCUCUCCAAGAACGUCGAGAUGAAAAGGAAAAACAAAUUCAGGAUCAAGAAAUGGAGAUGGACUCCUACAUGGGAUAUUCUGUCUCUGUUGGACAGAGGGCUGGUGUUUCUUUGUAUUUCACGGGUGCACCCCGGUUUCAGCACACAGGACAGGUCGUACUUUUCAAACAAAACAGCAACAACUGGACCACAGAACAAAGAAUAACUGGAGACCAGAUCGGUUCCUACUUCGGCGCCGAGCUGUGUUCGGUGGAUAUUGACUCAGACGGUGACACUGAUUUCCUGCUGGUGGGAGCGCCAACGUUUUACCAGCCUCAGGAGAAGAAAGAAGGUCAGAUCUACAUCUACAGUCUGACUGAUGAGCUGCAACUGAAAAGUGAACUGAUUGUGACGGGACCAUCCAUGGGUAGAUUUGGCACCACCAUAUCCAGCCUUGCAGACCUGAAUGGAGAUGGACUCCGAGACGUUGCUGUCGGAGCUCCGCUUGAGGAUGACAACAGAGGUGCUGUGUAUAUCUACCUUGGAGACAGACAUAGAGGGAUACGCAGCACUUUCAGCCAGAGAAUCACAGGAGACAAAAUAACACCUGGGAUAAGAUUCUUUGGACAGGCCAUCGAUGGGGGCGUCGGCAUCAAAGAGGACGGCCUCCCAGAUAUUGUGAUCGGAUCGCAGGGCGCUGCUGUUGUCUUAAGCUCCAAGCCCGUCUUUAAUGUGAUGGCUCACUUAUCUUUCCACCCUAAGGAGAUAAGCACAGAGAAACUUGACUGUCUGGGUGCAGAUGAAAAUUUACUUAUGGUUACCUUAACAGCCUGUUUUGAAAUGGUAGAAGCAACAAAGAGCAAACAAGGGAGUGUGAGCUCUGGACUGAACAUCACAUACAUGCUCGCCGUGGACCCAAUGAGACAAAAACAUCGAGGUUUCUUCAGUCAAACUGAUACGAAAACCAGGAGUCUUACCUCUACCUAUGAGCUGAAAGAUAAAAUGACUUGCUUAAACUUCUCCAUCUACAUGCCCAAAUGUGUGAUAGACACAUUGUCACCCAUCAGCAUCAAAUUAAACUUUUCUCAGGCUGACAGUGAGACUGCUAACAUCACCCUGAACAUGGACAGCAAAAAGCAGUCUGCUGUUGAGGUUCCUUUUGAGAAACAAUGUAGAAAAAAUGACACUUGUAUCGCUGAACUGGAUGUCAAUUUCGAAUUCAAGACUCCGAUAUUAUUGGUGACAGAAAAUAACUACUUCAAUGUGACUAUACAUUUGAAAAAUGAUGGUGAUGACUCAUACAACACCAGCCUUAUAAUGUUCUAUCCUUCAGGCCUCUCCUUCUCUAGGAUGACUCUUAUAAAGUCAUCAAGAUCAACAACGCACGACUGCCGGGAUCAAGAAGAACACAACAAAACCGUAUGUAGUGUGAGCCAGCCUGUGUAUCGCAGCAGAUCCUCUGCAACGUUUCAAUCUUCCUUCCAUGUCAUGCAUAAUUAUGAGUGGAAUGACAGGAUGUCCAUGAUACUUGAAGCAAAAAGUGAUAAUCAAGACAGAAACAGGACCAGCAGCCUCACCAAAAGCAUCCCGGUGCAAUUUGAAAUUAAAAUGAUAUUAACAGUGAAUAAAGACAGCACUACCUAUCUGAACUUCACCUCAGAUGAGACUGAAACUAAAGAAAUGACUAUUACAUACAGGAUAGAUAACACUGGCUUUAAGGAGUUUCCUGCAAACAUCACCCUGGAAUUCCCAACUGUACUGGAGCAUAGCUUUGAAAUGAAAAGCUAUCAAGUCUUUGUCAAGGAGAACAAAACACAGUGCACAGCCACUACUAACCACAAAUUUAAGAACUGCUUACCAAGAAAUAAGUGUGUGGCCAUCGUCUGCAACACUUUCAAUUUGAAGAACUAUGCAUCUGCUGAGUUUACACUGUCGGGAAAAGUCCACUUUAAAGACGCCGCACAACAGGCAGCCAAUGUUGCUUUUCUGAAAAAAUACACUGGAGACAGCAGAAAGAUUAACUUUGUAAGUUCUGUACAUGUUGGCUAUGACAAGGCUCGGUAUGUGCUGAAAGACCAAGAGAAUAAAGACAAUUUGCCACAAUUCCAAUUUCCAACAAGAAAGACUGAAGUUCGAGUUGACUUCUUUAUCCUCCCGAAUAAAAUGCUGAUCAUUUUAACUGGAGCCGGUUUGGGACUCUUCCUUCUGAUCAUAAUCACAAUCAUCCUGUUUAAGCUCGGUUGCUUCAAGAGGAAAAAGUUUGGAGAAGAUGAUCUUGAGGAUGACAGCACUGUAAUACCGUUCCCCGCUUCAACUGUAGGGACUGAUAAUAAAUCUGAUAAAUCUUCCAAUGAUAAUCAAACGCAGGAAAAAUCACCUCUCCUCUCCUCUGCCCCCACUAAUGAGCAGAUCAAGCAGUCAGGCACUGAUAACAAAUCUGAUCAACCUUCUGAGGAAAAUAAGGUUCAUGAUGACGGUGCUGCUGAAACAGAGGAGAAAAAGGAUGAAGCUACUGUUACCAUUAACGCAUAAAGUCAAGGAGGAUUUGGAAUAUACAUUUGUUAGUCUGUUCUAAUCCACUUAGUGACAGUUUAGCAUAGUUCACAGACUGGACACAAGUAGAAAAUUGCAACAAUUUUCAAUCAGUCUCUGUCCAAAGCUAGUAAAAUAUAUCUAGAAGCCCAUAUGAUGAACAAUAUAAUUAGUAAGCAAUUUCUCCUUUUUGGUGUCUUUUUAAAAAAACAAACAAACAAACAAACAAAAAAACAGUGGUUCUUGCCAUGAUUUGUUUUUGCUUAUGAGUUGGACCAUGACAAACUUGAUUUAGGGGUAUGAUAUCUCUGUAUCCCAGAUGAGCCCCCAUAUUUUAGGUGCUCCCGCUUACACAGAGAACCACAACUGUAUACCAUUUAAAGAGUAGGAAACAGGAAUUUGACACAAAGAAAAUCUAAAUCUGGAUGAUUGGCUUUUCAGCAUUGGUUUCAGAUGUGCAAGCUGUCAGGUCCACAGGCCCUGAUGCAGAGAUGGAUUUUUAACUGAGUGGUGAUAACGACCCAGUUGCACUUUAACCCAGAGGAAGCCGCAUCCAUGUUUUCCAAAAAAAAAAAAGUUCACAUUUUGAUUUGCCUGACUACAGAAGUAUUUCCCACUUUGCCUCAGUGCAUUGCCUUGGCUCAGUGGCAUUUCUGGAUUAUGUUCACAUGUGGUUUAUUCUUUGGAUGAGAGAGCUUUAACCUGCAUUUCACAAUGAUUUCUGUUAGGGUUCCCGAGCUCAUACACUGAUUUCCAUGCCAGAAUCAUGCCAUGCAGCAUAUAGAUUUAUGAGAUUUACAAAUCAGUGCAUUCUAUUUCUAUUUCUAUUUUGCACAGUACUCUUACUUUUUCUGAAUUAGGUUUUUACAUCUCAUGCAAUAAUUGUGGGUUCAGCUACAUCAGUGAAAAAUCAAUGACACCGGACAUGAAGCUGAAUAAGCAUCAAAUGGAUUGGCUUUCUACAAAUGUUCAAUGGUCACAGCACAGGAAAACAUCAGCGAGUUUAUAGACACCUCCAUGAAGGAGCUGUUCAUGCCAGACACAAGAGGCAAGCGCUUCUGUUUAACAUUCUGUUGAGAUGUGACUAAAGAUUCAUACCUGUAGCAAUCCAUAGUUCAUGCAGAAACCCAAGGUUUAAUACUUCUUGUUCAUGUGACUGUUUAACACAACUUAUUUAACACGCUUAAUAAUUUCCCCUCUCUGCUAAUGUCAAUAGCCUACCAUGUAUUCCCCAUUAAUGCACAUUAUUUACAUUUUGAUACACUGUAAUAUUUUUAAUAGAUACCGACUAUAUGAAAAGGCUUUGCUGCCUUCUGCACAGGUAUUUAUUCAAAAAGCACUUCAACUUGUAUUAUAUCUGACUGUGUGUUUAAUAUGUUGAUUUUUGUAGAGUAAUUAAAAAAAUGCUGUUUGUAAAUUUUGAAUAAUUGAUUCUGAUCUCACUAAAUGAGUUAAUGUGAGUGAGAAGAUCUUUAGUUCGUUACAGACAUGAAACAUAAGUUUAGGUAGACAAAAGUGUUGAUAAUAAAAAGUGUGGAGGCUGGAUUGACAAUAAACUUCAUAAAUUUGGGAGUUUAAAUCUGAGAUUACAUCAGAUAUUUAGAAAUUGUGAAUGAUGUUGGCAAAGUAAGAAACCAAUUUUAAAUGUAGAAAAUGUAAAUGAAAUGUAGAUAUUAAAGGGUGGAAAACAACAUGUACUUUUAAUUUCCCUAAUAUUUUUAGUCUUCUGUUGUUUGCAUAUUUAUACUUUUAGUUUGCUUUUCUGUGUUUUAAAUGUCUUACUUUUUGUACACUGUUAAUUUCCACUGGAAUAUAUCCUAAGAUCUGUAUCCAAGUGAACAUGAAUUAUGACUAUUUUUUUCUUUUUUUUAAAAAAAAAUUCUGUAUCUCAGUAAAAGUGAAAUAAUGUUUGUAAGAUAAACAGAUGCACAAACCACCUUUGUAUCUGCAAAUGAAUAAAGACAAUUUUCCAUGUCUUAUAUGCACUGACAUGUGAACUAGAUGUAUUAUCUCGGGUGUAAGACUGAUUAAAUCCUUAAACCACAUAA